AGGCCGAGUGUCAGGCCGGGCAGGUACGCGGCGCGCUCUCCCGGGCCCCCAGCCCCCUGCCAGGCCGCCCGGACCGAGCCCGAGGCCUCGUGGAUCGGAAAGCCGCUCGGAAAAGCUUGCUCGAGGCCCAGCCUAGCCACUUGACACCUCUACCAUGUCGGACAGUGACCUGGGUGAGGACGAAGGCCUCCUCUCGCUGUCCGGCAAGAGGAAGCGGAGAGGGAACCUGCCCAAGGAGUCCGUGAAGAUCCUCCGCGACUGGCUGUACUUGCAUCGCUACAAUGCCUACCCCUCAGAGCAGGAGAAGCUGAGCCUUUCUGGACAGACCAACCUGUCAGUGCUGCAGAUAUGUAACUGGUUCAUCAAUGCCCGGCGACGGCUUCUCCCAGACAUGCUUCGCAAGGAUGGCAAAGACCCUAACCAGUUCACCAUCUCCCGCCGCGGGGGUAAGGCCUCAGAUAUGGCCCUCCCCCGGGGCAGCAGCCCCUCGGUGCUGGCUGUGUCUGUACCAGCCCCCACCAGUGUGCUCUCCUUGUCCAUGUGCUCCCUGCCGCACCACCCAGGCCAGGGGGAGAAGUCAGCAGCCUCCCUCCCACAGGGGGAGCUGGAGCCCCCCAAGUCCUUGGUGACCCCUGGUAGCACACUUACCCUGCUUACCAGGGCUGAGGCCGGAAGCCCUACAGGUGGACUCUUCAACACGCCGCCACCCACACCCCCAGAGCAGGACAAGGAGGACUUCAGCAGCUUUCAGCUGUUGGUGGAGGUGGCACUACAGAGGGCUGCUGAGAUGGAGCUGCAGAAGCAGCAGGACCCGUCACCCCCCUUGCUGCAUACUCCCAUCCCCCUAGUCUCUGAAAACCCCAAGUAGGCAUCCACCAACAGCGUGCUAGAGGUUUGAGCUAGUCGUCCUGGGUUUCCGUUUUGGUUCCCUUUUCAUACAGAGGGUUUUCAAUGGAUCACUGCCAAACAUCGGGAUCGUCUCCUCUGUCCAGAGGUCUUCAGCAGGAAGAUGCCAACUGGCAUCACUGCACUGUGAUGGGGACCUCUCCUCCACUGACUCUGCCACUUCUCCAGGCCUCCUCACAGUGAUGGGACCAAGAGAUCGGAGACAGGCAUGGUGCUGCUGCCGCCGCUGCCGCCGCUGCUGCCGCCGCUGCUGCUGCUUCUCCAGAGAAUCCCUGGGUGACCUUUGUUCCAGCCUGGUUUCCUGGGCCGGGCUUAGGAAACCUGCUGAGUUCACACCUAUGCUGGUUACAAGUUGUCUCUGAGCGGAACCUCUUUGUUAAGCCAGUGCAGACAUUCCAAGUUCAUAAGUGUGAACAAAAGAAAAGAGGAACUCAGCAGAUGUAACAGAACUGACUCCAGUUGAAUGUUUAGAUUUUCUUCGCUAACCUCUGUUUCUUUUCCCCUUUUUGCUGUGGUUUGCAUUAAUGGGAGUAGUUAGCUCAGGUGUGGGGAAUGAGAGUGCGUUGCAGGAGGGAGUCUGAGGAACUGGGAAUGAGCCACCACUGCAACUGGUGAUCGUCUUUCAAGGAAGGGCAGGCUUUUAUUUUGGGGACCAGCAAAAUCUCUGCGGUAGUGCGAAAAUUCCAAGUGGUUGUCUCACUGUUGGUUGUUUGGCUUACCAAAAAAGAAAAACGUUGAUUGGCCUUGGCUUUUCUGCAUUAGGCACAGAAGGGGACACAGCCACAGCCAAGGUAGAGGGUCCACCAGAGAAUCUGACCAAACCUUCUAGGCACAGAGCAGAGAAGGAUGAUAAAAUCAGAGAGCUGUUUGGGUUUUUUUUUUAUUUUUGUUUUUAUUGUAUUUUGGGGGGGGGGUUGGGGGGGAGUAAGCUAGAUUGAGGCAGUGGGGGUUUUUUGUUAGUUUUUUCUUUUUAACAUUUUCCUCCAUUUCUUUAUUCCUGAUUGCUUUGCCCUACAGCCUGAGUUGUUAAUUCUUUUAGGAACUUGAUUAGUGGGGCCCAGAAUGUCAAAGUUCCCGCAGCUCCUACUUGGAGAGAAGUGAGCCAUCUAGUGGUCAGGCAGCUUUUCUGACUCAAACAGGCAGCUUUUCCCACAAAUGGUGACAGGAAGCUAUUCCCGGAGGAAGCAAGUAAUAGCCCCCCAGUUGUCUGAGCAACUGCCUUCAGAGAAGGCUGGGGCUGGAAGUGGGUUAUGAAGUCUGUUUGCUGUCUCCUUGUGUUGCACCUUUCUUUAAGCUGGAGUUGCA